GAAUUUUCUCACAUCUAUGAUAAAUAAUUAUGUUAUAAUUUUUUUACAGUCAGUCCGUUCCUGAAAUUUCGCAUAGUAACAGAUUUUCACGAGAGUUGCAUAAACACGUGGAUGGCAUAAAGAGCACCGCUGUGGAGAAAAACGAUCAGAUCUGUUUAGAAACCGACGAGGGCGAAUAAUGUUGUUGGCGCGUUCAAGUUUGUUUCUCGCGUUUCUGGCAGGGGCGUUUGCGACUUCACGCUCGUACAACAUAGUUGGACCAGCAAAAUCGUGCCAAAGGGCAGUGAAGCCAGACGCGUGGCCGAUCAAAAAGGAGCUUCAGGUCUGCGGCACCGACGGAGUUAUUUAUCCAAGUCUCGACGCUCUAGAAUGUUCAAAAAUGCUAAAAAUCGUUCCAGCUCGCGCAGUUGAACUACAACAGGAGCGCAACAAAUGUGAUGAAAAAAAGCAAAAGGAAUUCAAAUUGUCCUUCCUGUCUUUCGCCGCCAGGCACGAGGUUUGUGGUUCAGACAAUGCCACUUACAACAACGUCUGGCACUUGCAGGAAACAGCUCGGACCUAUAAAGUUGAAAUUCAGGUUCAGCACGUGGGCGUGUGCAAAAUUGAUUGCCCCUUUUCGCCAAUUUACAAACCGGUCUGCGCCUCAUUUACAGCAAAUUUUGUACAAACAUUUUCCAAUGAAGAAGCGCUUAAGUGUUUCCAUAUUCGAAGCCCACACUUAAAACUUGUUCGAAAGCACGACGGUGCUUGCGUGUUCAAUUUCGAAUAUUCUUUUGCACCAACCAACAAGAUUUGCGCCACCAACGGCUUCACAUACAACGGCGUAAGCGAAAUUCGCGCUUUGCAAAAGUUCAACCCCAAACUGCGAGUGAUGCACGACGGCGCGUGCACGAUUGAAGAGGUCAAAGGCCUCUUUUCUGUUCACCAAAUUCGCGAACUGGCCGAAAACCGGUUUGAAAAAAGUACGAUUUGCGGCUCGGACAAUUCAACUUACCACUCGGUUUUCGCUUUCUUGGUCGCGCAAGCCGACAGGAAAGCCAAAGGCCAAGAUUUGAGGCCUGUAAAAUGUUCCAAAUGCGAUGAAACGACAAAAUCAAAUGGAACGAUUCCCAUCUGUGGAACAGACGGUGUCACUUAUCAUGACGAGAAGACCCUCAAAUUCACCAAAACCCACCACCUCAUUUUAAAAGACCACGACGGCCCUUGCUCGCCCUCGGACAAAACAGGACCGUGUUUGAAACAAUUACAUAGCUUUGCAGAAGUUUGUGCAACCAACGGAAUAACCUACACUUCCAAAGAAGCCGUCUGGUGUGCAGCUUUAACAAAUCCAAAGAUCAAAUUGUUUCACCAGGGAGAGUGUCUAAAUGCGGCGAACAGGCAAAGAGGAAUUUGAAAAUCGUUUUAUAAAUUGAUUAAAAUUGUGUAUGAUAAUUUUUAAUAAUGUUUGUGACAUUAUUAAUUUGAGCUUGCACAAUUGAAAAUCAAAGCUGCUAAUUAAAAUGGUUGUUUUCAUUUUUGUAAAAAUGAAAAGUUUGCUUUUCCUUACCCACAUAUUACAAUA